CAGCACAGAAUAGCAUCAGCGGGACACUGUAGUAGGUGGAGAGAGGAGAGAGCAGAGACAGAGAAUCUAACUAGCUUUUAACUAACCAUGUCUGAAAUUUGAGAGACCAAUUCAACGUAAAAUAAAAUCAAUAACUGAGAUAUGGCGGCAACACCACCACUCCAAUCCUCCUCCUCCUCCACCGCCCCACGCAAAAAUCUUUCUUACUAUAGUUACAUCUAUAACAACAAAUGUCCCCAACUCCCUUCUCUCCUCUUCAAAACCAAAUCACAGACUACUAUUAGUAUUAGGAUUAGGUGCGACGCCCAAAAUUGGAGUGCUGGGUAUGUAUCUGCAGCAACCAAUCACCAUCUUCACUCGAUCCAAAACUCUUCUCCUUCUCCUUCCUCCUUUUCAAUUCCCUCCGCUUCCUCCUCCUCAUCGGAGUCCUCUCCUUCCAAAAAGGUUUGCCUUUUCUACUGCGCUGAAACCAAACCCUUAGCUCAACGAAUCGCUGCCGAGUCCGAUUCAAUUGAGCUCCGCUCCAUCUCCUGGAGGACAUUUGAUGAUGGGUUUCCGAAUUUAUUUAUACCAAAUGCACAAGGAAUUAGGGGUCAGCAUGUAGCCUUUCUGGCUUCUUUUAGUUCCCCCAAAGUAAUAUUUGAGCAGCUUUCAAUUAUAUAUGCUUUGCCCAAAUUGUUCAUUUCUUCCUUCACCCUCGUCCUUCCCUUUUUUCCCACUGGAACCUCGGAGCGUAUGGAGGACGAAGGAGAUGUUGCCACUGCCUUCACUCUUGCUAGGAUCUUGUCCCAUAUACCAACUUCCAGGGGAGGUCCUACUAGCUUGGUCACUUUUGAUAUCCAUGCUCUUCAGGAGAGGUUUUACUUCGGAGAUAAUAUUUUACCAUGCUUUGAGAGUGGAAUACCUUUGCUUAAAAAUAGGCUUCAGGAGCUCCCUGAUUCUGACAAAAUAGCAAUUGCUUUUCCUGAUGAUGGUGCAUGGAAACGAUUUCAUAAACAACUGCAACAUUUCCCUACGAUCAUUUGUGCUAAAGUUCGGGAAGGUGACCAAAGAAUAGUGCGUAUCAAGGAGGGAGACCCUCGAGGACGUCAUGUCGUUAUCGUUGAUGAUUUGGUUCAGUCGGGUGGCACUUUGGUAGAAUGUCAGAAAAUAUUGGCUAACCAUGGAGCGGCAAAAAUAAGUGCCUACGUGACGCAUGGGAUUUUUCCAAAUAGAUCGUGGGAACGCUUUGAAUCUGAUAAUGGAGUAACCAAACCGUCCUCCUUGUGUAUGUAAAUGAAACUUCUUUUAAUUGAUUCCGGGUCCAAUUGCCACUACUCUGAGAUUAUUUAACCGAAGAUGAGGUCCUCUUUCUGAUGCUAUGGGGAUGCUAGUCCAAAUUUGCACGUCUCUUGGGGCAGUAGCACUGGAGUGUUGCCAUAAAGCCGAUGUGGCUUGGUUCUUUUGACAAUUUCUCCAUUAAGAACUUGUAUCUUAUGCAUCAUCAUCUUUCUAUAGACAAUAAGCAUGUGGGUUUUCAAAGGGUAAAUUUUACACAAGCAGAAAUUUUGUGUGUAAUCUUUGUAGCACCAUUCGGCACUGCAUUAUACCAGUCCAGGACACACCAAAUUGCAGGUGGGUUUGGGCUACUGACACUGAUGCAACCCAUCAUGAUGUGAGAAACCUUCGUAAGAACUAAGUAGGAUUUUUCUUUUCCGAAAUACCAUUCUAACUAACUUUCAUGGCGAUUUGCCUUUCUAAUUUCGUUGGUGCCUUUGAACUUGUGUAUCCUUCCCGUUUGCUUUUGAGAAUUGAGAUGGAACUGAUCAAAUGACAUUUCCUCCAAAUUUGAUCUUGUAAUCCUUCUCGCUAUGCUUUUUCCUCUUCCCUUUUCGACUGUUUCUCUUGUUUUU